AUGCCGAAGAGCAGUAAAGUGACGCAGAGGGCACAGAGCCAUGAGCUUGUGACAGAGUCUGUGGCCGACCUGCUCGCUCAUGAGGAGCCGCUGGACUGUAAGCUCAGCUCUCUGCAUGUUCCUGGGACAGGGGAACAUCCAGCAGGUGCAGGCCCUCACACAGAGGGGGCCGAGGAGGAGCGCCCUGCCUGGAACAGCAAACUGCAGUACAUCCUGGCCCAGGUCGGCUUCUCCGUCGGCCUCGGAAAUGUGUGGCGCUUUCCGUACUUGUGUCAGAAAAAUGGAGGAGGAGCAUACCUGGUUCCCUACUUCAUCCUGCUUCUCAUUAUCGGGAUUCCUCUGUUCUUUCUGGAGCUGGCCGUGGGACAGAAGAUCCGCAGAGGGAGCAUCGGUGUCUGGAACUAUGUCUGCCCUCGUCUGGGUGGGAUUGGGAUGUCCAGCCUGAUGGUGUGUGGAUUUGUUGGCCUCUACUAUAACGUCAUCAUCGGUUGGAGCAUCUUCUACUUCUUCCAGUCGUUCCAGUAUCCUUUGCCCUGGAGCGAAUGUCCAAUAAGGAGGAAUGGAACACUAGCCAUUGUGGAGCCAGAAUGUGACAAAAGCUCUGCCACCACUUACUUCUGGUAUCGUCAGACCCUAAACACCACAAGCACCAUCGCGGAGAGCGGCGGCCUCAACGUGAAGAUGACCUUGUCUCUGCUCGUGGCUUGGAUCAUCGUCUGUCUGGCUGUUAUUAAAGGGAUCGCCUCAUCCGGGAAGGUGAUGUAUUUCAGCUCACUUUUCCCUUAUGUGGUCCUGCUCUGUUUCCUGGUCCGAGGGUUGAUGCUAAAAGGGUCCGUGGACGGCAUCGCUCACAUGUUCACUCCCAAACUGGAGAAGAUGCUGGAGCCGCAGGUGUGGAGGGAGGCGGCCACACAGGUCUUCUUUGCUUUGGGCUUGGGCUUUGGAGGUGUCAUCGCGUUCUCCAGUUACAACAAGAUCGACAAUAACUGCCACUUUGACGCUGUGCUGGUCUCUGUCAUUAAUUUUCUCACUUCCAUUUUGGCCACUCUGGUCGUGUUCGCGGUGCUGGGCUUCAAGGCGAACAUAAUGAACGAGAAGUGUGUAGCAGAGAAUGCUGAGAGGAUCAUGGGAUACCUGAACUCCAGCGUGCUGAGCCCUGAGCUCAUCCCUCCUCACGUGAACCUGUCGCAGCUGUCCUGCACGGACUACAUGGACAUUUACAAUGUCAUUAGGACCGUGAAAGAGGAGCGUUUUGGGACUCUGGGACUGCAGCCCUGUGUCCUGGAGGACGAGCUCAACAAGUCCGCACAGGGGACUGGCUUGGCUUUCAUCGCCUUCACGGAGGCCAUGACCCACUUCCCUGCCUCUCCGUUCUGGUCCGUCAUGUUCUUCUUCAUGCUGAUAAACCUGGGACUGGGCAGUAUGAUCGGCACCAUGACCGGCAUCACUACGCCCAUCCUGGACGCGUACAAAGUAAAGAAGGAGCUCCUCACAGUGGGUUGCUGCGUAGUGGCGUUCCUGUGUGGCCUCCUUUUUGUCCAGCGCUCGGGGAAUUACUUUGUCACCAUGUUUGACGACUACUCUGCCGGUCUGCCCCUCACUGUGGUGGUCAUCCUGGAAAACAUCUCUGUGUCCUGGGUCUAUGGCACUAAGAGGUUCAUGCAGGAUUUGGAGGACAUGUUGGGGUUUCGUCCGUGUCAGAUCUACUUUUACCUGUGGAAGUACGUGUCCCCCGUCUGCCUCAUUGUGCUGAUCUCCGCCUCCAUCAUCGAAAUGGCCUUCAACCCUCCAGGAUACAGUGCCUGGGUGCAGGAACUGGCACAGGAGCGUUUCCAGAGCUACCCUCCGUGGGCCCUGGCCAUGUGUUUCUCCCUCAUCGUUUUGGCCAUGCUCCCUCUGCCUCUCGUCUUCAUCGCCCGACACUUCAACCUGGUGUCAGACGGCUCCAACAAGCUCUCCGUGUCGUACCGCCGCAACAUGAUGAAGGACAUGUCCAACCUGGAGGAGCAGGACGAGGCGCGCUCCAUCCUCAGGACAAAACUCGCCCCCGCCCCUAAAAUCUACCUGACCCCCGCAGGGAACAGCAGCGUGGACCACAAUGCACUGUCCCCAAUCAGCUGCUACGAGGCGGGCUACCAGAACAGCACCGUCUCACCCCCCUCACCUCCCUCACCCGUCUCCCCAGAGUUCGACUCCUGA